AUGGAAGUUGAGGAGAUGGCUAAUUAUUUGGAACCAACAUCAUUACAAAGAGAUCAGAAUCUUGGCUUUGAUAUAUUACCAGUAUGUGAAGAAGGAGAAAAUUUGUCUAUUGAUUUUAAUGAGUUGGAGCAUAAUAAAGAUCAAAGCAUAGAAAUUGAGGAAACAUCAGAUGUUUUUGAACUAGAUUUAGUUACAGAUUAA